AUGCUUUCCAAGACGACCUUCUACCUAGCGUUGCACGCAUGCCUGAACCUCGCUGCGACGGCGUCACAAGCAUCUUCUGGAAACACCAAAUACUCUGAGAAUGGCGGAAAAGUCGCUAUCAACUGGACUGAUGCAUCCACUGUUCUGGGCAGACCCGACACUUAUCUCGGAAAGCUAGCUGUACCCCUUGACUACACGCUGCCCCCGUCGAAGAACAACACACUCACCCUCAAUAUCCUGAAAGUCAAAGCGACCAAAGAGCCUAAGCUAGGGAGUGUGUUGACGAACUGGGGAGGUCCAGGUUUGCCGGCAACAGAUUGGCUUCUGCAACAAGCUCGUUAUGUUCUUGCCAUGACAGGCGGCCAAUACGAUAUCAUCGGUCCCGACCCCAGAGGGACUGGUACGACAAUGCCCGUAGAUUGCUACAACGACGAAAUGGAACGGAUGGUCGCGACUUUGCGAACACCAACGAGGACCAACUCAUCCGAUGUAGCGUUGGGUGCUGUUUGGUCUUACACCAAGCAAUACGCCGCACGCUGUUUCCAGAACGAGGCAGUGAAUGGAUCAUUGAUGAGCACAGCGUUCGUUGCCAGAGACUUCAUGAAGAUUGUUGAUGCUCUGACUGUGGAAGGCGAGGAUGGUCUUCUCCGGUACUGGGGCAUAUCCUACGGCACGUAUCUUGGCCAGGUCCUGGCUGCCAUGUUUCCUGACAAGGUCGACCGAAUGAUGCUUGAUGGUGUACUCAAUCCACUUGAAUAUCAGCAAGGAUGGGAGACCGGUCCAGCUGAAACCGCGCCAGUUACCUUGGGACAGUUUACCAAACAGUGCAUUGAUGCUGGAGCUUCUUGCGCUCUCUUUCGCCCAAACGUCUCGUCCUCCGCACUGUACGAACAAAUCCAAAGCCUCACCGAAAGAGCCAAGCGAGAGCCAAUCGUCAUGGGCCCGAAUGUCACAACCGAUAUCGUCACAUACGAGAAGAUCGCCGAUGCUAGUGACACAGCUCUGCGCAUGGGCCUGGCAUCUGGGUCUUACUUGGCAGGCUAUCUCAACAGCAUCAUGAUCCGCGAGACCCCGGAGUACAACCACACUCAGUAUCUGCUCAACCGCUCCUUCAUUGUGCAAGAUGCAGCGAUCAAUGCAGACAACACGCAGCUCAUCCGUUGCUCCGACGCCAUGUUUCGUGCCGACGAGCUCACCAAUAUCGAGGAACGCGUCCAGCAUAUAACGGAGUUGGGUGAUUGGAACAGCGAUUACAUUAUCGGCUCGUACAUUAUGUGCUCGCUGUGGAAGAUUCAGGCGAAAAAACGGUACGAAGGCGACUUCAAGGCGAAAACGAAGAACCCCGUGUUGCUCAUCGGUUCGCCAUAUGACGUCCGCACUCCGAUCUCUGGGGCUUAUGCGGCGAACAAGAUACUUGAAGGAAGUGUUGUGCUUCGACACGAUGGUCUCGGGCACACGGUUAUGUACAGCCCCGGGACCUGUGCCAUUACCGCAACGGCUGCGUAUUUCGUGAAUGGGACUAUGCCGGAAGAAGGAACGGUGUGCGAGCAAGACUUUGGUAUCUUCUCUGGCAAAAGUCUGAACGAUACUCUCAAUCUUAUUGGCGAGCCUUAG